AUGGUUAAAGGGCGCUUACAAGGUAAUCGACUGAUCGGUCAUCAGUUACGUGCCCCCAAUUUGGACGCCUGGAUGCAUCAGGACGUAGCUGAAGAAAAUCCUGGCAAGUCAGAUUUUCGCAUUUCGAACCAUCUCGGUUUGUCUCUUGAUAGUAGGGAAGUGUGCCAAUUUAUUGCAGAAAAUGCGAAACGACGUAAAAUAAAGGAGAUUCACUUUUGUGUGGCGAGACGGAGGCUAACAAAUUGUGGGAUUCCAGUCGUAUACAAGAGAUUUCGGUUGCAUAGCAGAACAGGAACUGAUCAACACCGCAAUAUGCGCCCAUCUAUAAUUCAGCACGUUCGUCGUGUAAUUGGCCAAAUAGUCCAGCUAACCAGAUAGCGUAUGCAUAUGCUUCAAAUACCGCGGCCGGCGCUUAUGGCGUAUUCAACUUUUUGGCCUGAUAUCUCUCAUCAAAAAACCGCCGAAUUAGACUGAUCUGUCACCAUGUGACUAUUUUCUACCUUCAGAAGUGAAAACCAGCAUU